AUGCACCACCAACACUCCGAUACGCUUCCCUUCCCCGACUUCGCGUCGUCAGUGCCAGAACCCGACCGUGCUAGUCUCGCUAGGCUCAGCAGCGAUGAGAUCAGAGCCUGGACACUGAGGAAAUCGGACGAGUACCGCCUCCUCUCCUACACGAUGCUCUCCCUCCACAACGCCGCCGCACCGAUCCACACGCUUCACACUGAGCUGCUGGUCAAGAUAUUCGGUCAGACGUGGAAGGACUGGAGAAGCGUCCAUCUGACGUCCGUCUGCCGGCGAUGGCGCUCUGUCUACCUCUCCACGCCUCAAUUCUGGGCAGCAGCAGUUUCAGGGCUUACUUUCUUUUACUACGAUGGGACGGUUAUGGCCGGACGCGAGGACGUCCGGCCGGUCACAGCCGCUCUUCUCGAAAGGUCCUCCCCAUGCCUCAUCAAAGCAAAGAUCAUGGGACCCGAGCGUCCAGACGAGCUCCACCCACUAUCUUCUCUUCCUGUCGAGCUGUCUCUUCAUUCGUAUCGGAUCAGUUCUCUACAGCUCUACGUCGACAGCAGGCUGCUACACGAUUUGCCCCGGCUGUUGGAGACGAGCACGCCAGCACUAGAAACACUCGACAUCUAUGGUGGAGACGAGGAUGCCUAG